AUGUCUUCAGUAAUAUUACAUUGGAUGAUCAUUGUCUCUGUUUUCGCUUCGGAAAUGAAGGAAUCGUAUGGCCAGGAUCCUGAUAAUAUCGUGCAAGCCGCCUGUGCUGCCAUACCUACAGGAGGAUUUGUAUCUGUCAUUCGAAAGCAGUGUGGAGGGUCCAAGACCUGUGCCACAGUAUGUAAGGAGGCGGGUGCAAGUAUGCGGGCAAUCUAUGGAAAUCAGGGAUCGACAAAACCUACAUGUUUUAACGCAUUCCACUUCUACUAUAAUGCCCGGUACCUUCACCCUAAAAAGAUAGGAAAGGCACGCUUGGCAAUGUACAAAUAUGGAUCCGCUGGAUGCCAUGCAACAUACUGUGGUCCUAAUUUUUGUUGCUGUAGAGCUUAA